AUGGCAUCACAUUAUGACCUUGUUCAAAAAGGAUCAGAUGCUUAUAAAGGGUUGAGAUCGCUUGUUCAGAUUCUUAAUUCUUCAAAUGAGGAAACACAGGAACAUCUUUUAACAAGCAACACUCAAAUUAUUGCCACUCAAUCAGCUCGGGCCUUGGGUGCUUUGUCCAAGAACAAAAUCUCUUAUAUUGUAGAAGGGGAUGUGAAGCCUCUGAUCAAAUUAGCCAAAACAUCAUCUUCCAUUGAUGUUGCAGAGACUGCUGUAUUUGCAUUAGCCAAAGUGAAGCGACUCCUCCUGCCAACUAAGCUUUCCGGUAGUACCAAUGAUGGCAAGAAAAUUGCCAAAACCGAUGAUUUCACCUAA